UUGUGCAUUUAAUCCCUGAAUAUUCAGGGGAACUGCAACUGUCUUGCAUUUGCCUCAUUCUCAAUGCACCAAUAUUCUUUGUUAAGGAUAUAGUCGACGAUGCAGUACCCAUCCUUAAGUUAGCGUUAACAGUCAAUUUGAACAACAUUAAUAUGGCGUUCAUGACUUUAGAUGUCACAGAAGUCUGGUGCAACUAUUUUGGACAAAAAAGUUUAACUGAUUUUUAUGAAAACAUAGUCUUCUAUCUUGAGCCGUAUCUGACUAACACAAGAAAGUUACAUAUAGACAAUAAAGAUUUGGAAAAUCUUCAAAAAAGAAUACUUUUACACAUGGGACUUAGUGAAUUCAACAAAAUACAAGACCUCAUUUACAUUAACUCAUUAAGUACUAAUGCAAAGUGGGACAAAAAAAGCCAAUUGUCUUGUAGAAUUUUGUUUUCGGGUCAACAAGUCAAGUUGACCUUGGAAAAUUUGAUCGCAAAAACUCUAGAGCUCACCAAAAGCGAGAACCGCAGAGUGAAAUUUUCAGCCUGCGAACUCUUACAUACAUUUGUCAUGAUUAUUGUCGGAAACGAUUAUCCACGAAAAAAUCAAAGUCUUCACUGUUUGAACAGGAAUUUGUGUUUGGAAAUUUUGAAACUCAGCUGUGAUCAUGACGAUGCCGUCAGAAAUCUUAUUCAUCCACUCGUCAUACAACUAACCCACUACCUAAGCACUAAGAGUUUGAUAAACCAUAUUGUGUCGCGAAAUUUCGUAGAUUUGCUUUUCGAAGGCAUGCUAGAGGAAACGAGUUUAAAUUUGCACGUAUACUGUGGUAUUUGCCUAAAGGAAUUCGUAAAAUCCACUUCCAGCACUGAAACUAACAAAAUAACAAAUUUUAUGAACGGUUUGAUUCAAAGAAUUCAAAACUUUGCACUUCAUCCAACAAACUCUAAAAGAAUAGCAGCCGCGAGGGCAUUCAAUUGUUUGUAUAGUUUCGCUUUGAAUAGUAACGUGAGUCUAAUUAAUAUUUACUGGCUACAAUUUUUAUAUGUAUUUGUCAAGUGCUUGGAGCACAGCAGUCAUCCUCAGAUCAUUGCUGCUGUUGAAAACAUUGUGAGUACGAUCAAAGAAAAGGCGAACGUACUAAAUGGCAAAAACAAGGGCAAAAGAAAAGUACCUGCGGAAUUCACCAGUGAAACGCUAAAGGGUGCCGUGAUAUGGCUACUGGGUCAAUGUGGCUCUGACAACAUCAAGUGCCGAUAUAAGUGCAUGGAGUUGUUUGAAAAUCUUUGCCCGAUUGUUCCCGAAUACAAGUCCAUCCAAGAGUUUUUUAACGUUCAUGGAAUUAGCUUUGUCAACGACUUUGCCUUAAAGGGUCUAGAUAAUUGUGAAUGCAUUACAAUCGAAAACGCAAGCGCAUUUUUCAAAACUUUAGAUUUUUUUAUUUGGAUAUUCAAUAAGAAAAUUUUUUCUCCCGAGUCUGUUUUAAUGGUGGAUAAUGAGGAUGGCAAAAAUAUCUUUUUUGAAUUUUAUUCAAAAUUCGUUUCCAUAAUUGUCAACGAAGAAAUAGAUGAUAUUAUCAAAGGAGCUACAAAUUCUGCGACUCGAUCAGAUACGUUGAAAGAUUUAAUAAACAGGAUAAUAAUGAAGAUUUUCCGUUUUGUCCAAGUAAUCGUGUCAGUGAAGGACAACGAAUCAUCAGCUUUGUUGGACCGUCUUUGGACAAAAGACCUGUGUACUUUUGUCUCCUUUUUUACGCUAUACCCUGCAAGAAUAGGAUUGUUUGCCAAAACCUUGCAAGGAAUCACCCCCAAGCAAUUGGAAAAUUGGUUUCUUACUGCAGUGAAAAAACUACCAGAAAAAUGUCUGGUAAAAUUACAAACAGAAUUAUUAGUUAAGAGAGACGAUUUUUUCAUAAAAUUUAUGGAAUUUGACGAAAUUAAUAACGAGAACUUGGAUAUCACCAGUUUUCAAUAUUUUGUUCGGGGUAUAACCAUACUACAAAAGUGCAACGUGUAUAAUUAUAGUAACAAGAUGGAAAUUACAGAUUCUUUACUUACAAACAAGAUUAACAUAAUAUUUGAAGUCGUGGAAACUAACUGCUCAAACAGUUGCAUAAGUAAAGAAAUCAAGUCACAAAUUAAAAAUUACGUAGUUGAUGUACUGUACUUUCUGUUGCUUGAAUACAAUCCUGUUGUAGUCGACUGCCUUGUACGAAAAAUCACGCCCCGAGAUGAUUCAAAACACAAUACCAGCUCAAAAAGUUUGACCGUCUCCACUUGUUACAAUAGUUUUGUCGAGGCGAUUAAGGUUCCAAUUUUUCAAUUCUUUCUGAUACAACCUGCUGACACUUUACAACAGAUGGAAGGACUUUUAACAGAUGGAAUCUCAUUGAAUGGCUUUUUUCGGAUGAUUGAGGAUCUUUUAAGCUUUGCACAACAAAAUCCAAGCGCUAUGUCGAAAAGGUUGGUCGACGAAUUGAUCAGAAAUUGUAACAAGUACAGGGAAUUGAUCGGUAAUGACGAGCAACUCAAAGAUCGAUUAUUAGACGUUUACAGCAUUGCUGUUUUGCUAAAGAGCAGCGAAGAUAUAUCAACGCCCGAUGACGAAGUAACAAGCGACUUGUACCUCUUUAUCAUGGAUGAACUAAAGAACAGUCAGGAUCUCCAGAAAAAAAUAAGUAUUCUGAACAGGUUUUUUGUAUACAUGGUGGAACAUUCGAGCCGUAUCGACACUGAUUUAAAAACUCCGCUAUUCGAGCUUUGCGACAAAGACUCUGUCAGUUGGAUUCAAAAACUUGAAGACGAUGAGGUCGAAAGAUCUCGGGCUACGCAAUGCUUGAGGUGCUUGAUGGACUUGCUCUCGAUAACUGGAGCUUCAGUUGUACUAGAGAUCAUUAUCAUAUACAUCGCGGGUGCCGGCAAAUUUUUCAAGCAAGAAAAACUUGACCAAGCAUUACAAGCGUACUUCGCGUCCCUAUCCAGCGAGAGCGCUUUGGUAGCGCUUGAAUCGAUUUUCGAGGUAUUCAUCAUAAAGUCUCUGAGUUGGGAUGAGAGACUGGACGUGCUUCAAUACAUACUACUGCCAUCGCUCGAGUUCGCUGCUAUUCCCAUGAUCAGUAAUUUCUACAAUCGCAACAUAUACAAGAUCAGCAGUAGUCUAUUUGAUACAAUCGAAGAGACAGAUCCACACGAGCGUAAACAGAUUAUUGUUACCAAGAUCGGAUACUUCAAGCUUACGGAGCUGGCCCUCUCGAGAUUCCAUUUUGACAGUCUGACUGUCGAUUUCAAUGGUACAGAUAACAUGACGAAAAUUUUCUUCCUUCCCUCAAACUCUCAAGAUGAAGAACUCGUGAGACAUCUCAAUUGCUGUAUACUCAAUUCGCUAAUCUCAGCGAUUGAUCUUCAAAUCGACUGCAAGCCACUUUUCUUGAUACAAACGAUAUUUCAAAGAUUGGAUGUUAAUUCGUGGGAGCAGAUUGUCGACUGCAAGCGGCAUUACGACAUGAGCAUUCCACCUGAAACUUUUAGUAAACGUGCCAUUAGCAUACGACCCAAAAUCGCAGACGAAAAUGAUAUCAACAAAGAAAUACUUGAUUCAUUGUUGGAUCAAUAUUUCAGUCCAAUUCCAGUUGACCCAGAUUAUUUGAGAUAUGCACGAAACGGCAGACAAAGUCUCACUCUCGAAAAUGACGAACUUAACGAUCACGAGUGCAUGCCGAUGCUGACAGGCCUGUGGAUGUAUCUGUUCAACAAGAAAGCACUGAGAAAACCGCCUGAAGAAGCCACUGAAAAAAAAUUCGAAGUUUGGAUGAAUUGUUUGAGUAUGGGACUGACUCCUAAAAAGGACAAUCUUACAUUGUUCAUCUUGAGACUAUUCAGCAAUGCAAAAAAAAUCUUCCUGCCAUUUUUAAGUUCGCUCUUUUCGGAUAUAGCGAAAGCCUUGAGCUCUUACCUUACCAAUAACCCGAUUAAUUAUCUGGUCAGAGACAUGCUGAUCAUGUUUAUCGAGUCAGAGUUCAUUCCUGGUGAAGACAACGAAAAUGAAGAAGAGGAUGCACAGACACUUGUAGAAAAAUUGAUAGACGAAGCGCUCGAUGAAAAUCCAAAGAUUUAUAUUUACAACAUUAGUUUGAUCGAAGCUUUGGUUAAAGCCUGGAACAGUAAGCUUAAAAUAUUUAGAAAUUUAGAGAAAAUAAUCAACAUUAACAAAGACUUGUCCAUGUGCGUCAUUCUUAUGAUGUUCAGACACAACGUGAGGUGCGAGGAAUUGAUUAAAUUAAAUUUUAUGCACAAGUUUGUGCGUGAACAAUUUUUUCGGUGGCGUGUCCCGAUGAUUGAAAAAACGUAUGAAACUAUUGGGUUCAUAUUGAAAUUUGUUUCUAAUGAAGAUCGGUACAAUUUUGUAAAGAAUGAUUUAGUGGAAAUCUUGGUCGAUAUGGCGAAUACUUUACCUCAUCAUACAUACGAAACAGGUAGAGACUGCUGCAUACGACAGCUCUACUUAAUUUUCAAAAACUGUCCUUGCAUAGUUGAUUACCCGAUGCUACGGCAGUUUAUGAUUCCAAAAACUGUGUACAAUGAUCAGCGCAAAGUUGAAUGUAUAGAAAUGCUCUUGGGAGUGUUGAGGAGCUGUGAUGUGGAGUCUAUUGACGAUACUCUUAAGCUCUUGAACAUCGUGUCAGUAUUAAACGGACGAUUUUUGCUGUGCCUUGACGUGGCCUUUGAAGUCGUUAAAACUGUGAUAAACAAAUUACCAGCAGAAGAGUCAAAGCCGUAUCUUUUGGCUCUCGAGCAAUAUACCAAUAACGAUACGUUGUUGCGGCAUAGAAAAGUCGUUUACCAAAUUUUUAUGGAUGCGUAUGAUAAGUACGCAAAUGAACAAGUAUCAAGGUCCGAGGGAGUGGAAGAAUCGUUAAAUUUUAGUAGAAAAGUACUCAUUAAUGGUAUUUCUGAUCUCAGUGAUGAUAUUCAAAACUUCAUCCUCGACUUCUGGAAAAACCGCACCAACUUACCGAGUGAUCUUAUGGAUCGUUUAUUGCACUUACUGAAAAUGUUCGAUCUAGACGUAGCCCCUAGCUACGCACAAUUUCUGAGUAGUCUGCUGCUCGAACUAGCUCGUGAAUCUGACAAAGAUUCCAAAGUCUUGUUUACCGGCUUAUCUGAGCAAGAUCAUCCGAUGUUGGAUUACGAAAUAGCAACGCCUUCAUUGCGCUUAUACUCGAGUAAAAAUCGAAUUCCGCUCUACGCACCGGCACUUGCGAGAACACUUGAACUUGCGAUCGGUAUACAAGAUAACGAUUUCGAUAACAUUAACGCUUCGAUGCAGGAGUCGUGCGCGACAGGUAAUCUUAGUCGCGCUCUAGUCGAUAAAUUAACUAGGUCUAAUGAUUUAUGUCAAAAAUCGGGAGAGGAUUCGCCCAAAGAAAGUCUGUCAAAACGCUAUUAUUCGGAAGAAAUAACUGAAAGUUCCAUCUCCGUCGAAUAUUACUCAACGGUAAAAAAAGAAAUAUCAGAGCAGAAUAAAAGCGUCAAAGUAAAUCGUACCUACAAAUUAAGUCGAGUUCCAAACGUCGAGAUCACGCAAACGGAUGUCAUCGUUACUUUACAAGACUUAGUUCUUAGAGAUCGGUAUUUCGCUGGGAAUCUGGUUGUACCAUUGGUCUGUGCUAUCGUACGUCACUUUACUAAUACUGAGAUGUACGAUACUCUAACAGGCAGUGUUGCGGAAAUCUGCAGUCGGGCUUUGCAGAUUCGCAAUGACUUUGCUCCUAUGGCUAUGGAAAUUCUACAUCGCAUAGGUAGCCUCAAUUUCAAUGCUACCUGUGUAGCUGAUACAGCCAAGUCGAUGAAUUUACAGUUAUCUGGAAUAUUACUUCUGGAAAGAAACUCAAUUACAUGCGAUCAGUCCGUUUAUGACGUAAAAAAAUUAAUCAAUCCAAAAAUCCAGCAUAACAUGGAAUUAGUCAGCAUGUAUCAGUCUAUUGGUGAAAGAGAUGUGGUACAAAGUAUUUUUAAGAAUUGGACCAAUUCUUUGAAUUCGAGUGAUUUGUAUCAAGGCUAUUUGGCUGAAGGUACCAACAAUUGGGUUAAAGUUAAAACAAUUUAUGAAGGGACUGCUGAAGAUGAUCCAGCCAAGGAUUUCUGUGAGCAAAGCAUGUACAGGAGUUUAAGUGAACUUUCCAACUGGGACAAUCUUAACAGCAAAGUAAAGGCCUCGCUAGAUGUUUACGACAUUUGGAAUCAUCCGAAAAAAGAAGAACUGCUGCCGUGGAUGUUUAUGUCCGAGCUGCAAAUGAUGCUAGAGGACUUGCAGAAAAACAUCGAACCGGAGACUCAAUUCUUCCAAGACGCGCUCGCCCAAGUCGCGAGUGGAAACACCGAGCUCCGAAGAGUGUUUGGUGAGGAGCUGUCCGUCUAUCACUUGUGCAAUGACAGGCAAUCUAUACCUGCAUCGCUGCAAUGUCUCAACAACUGUAUGGAUUACGUUAAGGAGCAAUGGAUCGACUCGGAUCCGCUCGUCGAGUAUUCAAAACUGCAGCUGUUCGCGAAACUCGGCAGACUGUCUGAUACAGAUUCGCACAUCAUUACCAUGAGUAUGUCCGAUCUGGCCUCAUCGGUGGACAAUCUCAUUGAGUAUUGGAACAACAAAUUCCCCGAGUCUAGAGUCGGUCUGCUUUCCUGGAAUGUGCGAGUUGCUGCUAGAUUGGGCAUAGCGCGUGUUGCAAUUAACAAACUAUCCAAUGUUUCUAUGAAUUCUGGCGUCGAGGCAACGCUGCUAGCUGCGAGUGUCCAGGAGCGAUUGAAAAUCAGCGAACUCGCCCUAGAGUACGGCAACAAAAAAUUGUUGCAAAAGCACACCAAAGAAAUUGAAAAUACGCUGAACUACCUCAACGCCGAUGAGGGUCGUUAUCUGGAGUUGCGUCAGAAAUUCGAGUACACCGCCGCAAGAUACAAAUUCUUGUGCGCCAAGGACGAGAAUUGUGCCAAACGUAAAUUCUACUACUACGUUGACUCGUGGGCUCUGGCUAAUGGUGUGGCCAAUGAAGAAAUGGUUGAUUUGUCGUUGAGAAUUAAAGCAAAAGUACAAGUGGCCCAAGUCGUACGCGCUCUCAGUGUCACAAUGCAACAGGAUCCGAGAUAUUUGCAGCUCGCUCUGGCAGAGGACUUUGUUAUGAGUAGUUUGAAUGUGCAAGAUCCAAAUGAAAUUGAAAGCAAGCUUAAGGCUCAUUAUUUCGAGUUGUUGAAAGGUACGUGUAACGAGGGAAGCGAUAAAGAGAGGGGUGAUAAUUUGGUUGUCCUAGCUGAUUAUUGCCAUCAACUUUUGAUGGGAACCUAUCACAGGACGUCGGAAGUACAGCUUGAGUAUACAAAUGCUGUUUUGACGGCAAUGUCGUAUGGCUCCAUUAAAGCGACUCGUUUUUUCCCUGAUCUUCUUAAAUACGAAAAUUAUUCAGAAGACAGUAAUCUCGUUGAAUUUUUCGCUGAAAAAUGCCGUAGUGUACCAACUAGUAUGUUUUUACAUCUUUACAAAGAAAUUUUAUCUCACCUGGGUACGAAGUUUCAUGAUAUACGGGAUAAAUUAAUCCUACCGAUAGUCGAAAGGCUAGUCAAUGAUUUUCCAAGCACCAUAAUGUACAAGUUCAAAGAGAUGUGGUCCACUAACGCUGUAUUAAGAAAUCCGGAACUUAGAAAUUUAGAACUUCAAAAACCAGACACGAAAAAGAAAUCAGAAUUGCGAAAAAAUCUGCGAGAAGAGCAAUUAAGAACGGACAAGAUUAUAAAUAUGUACAAAACAGUUUGCAGUGAGCAAAUGGACAAGUUUUUUAGUGCCGUUGAGUAUUUGUGUCAGCCUGAAGAAUAUAUGAAAUUUUAUUUAUCAGAGAUCAUUCGCAAUGGACGGUCUACAGCGAGUUUUAUCAAGUUAUUGAAAACUUUGAUCGGAAAGAUCCAGAUGAAUAAUGAUUUAAACUUAAGAGGUUCAAUGUUCCAACAAUUAUUAAGCAACUAUUCUGAACAGUUACAAGAAUGGGUAACUAUAACAGAUUUAAAAACCCUGCAGACGAUAGCCAAGAACCUAUGUGUCGAUCUUCGUAUCAACAUGCAAGCAAGACUGAAAAACGAUAAAUCGUUUAAUCCUAUACUACUUCAAUCUUACAGUUCAUUCUUGGCUGAAUUUCAAUUUGACAAACAUAAAAUUGAAGUGCCAGGUCUACAAAACCAAUCGUAUCCAAGCGUUACUGUUUAA